AAUGUCCUUGAGUGUAAUGUGUUCAUUGCGCAAAUUCGACUCGUAUCUUUAGUUUGCUGAUUCCAACUAUGGUUCCUUCUGCUUUCAGUCGCCUCCCCCGAUCUGUCAUCCCCAUAAGAUAUGAAAUAGAAAUCAGACCUUGUUUAUCGAGCUUCAAUUUUGCCGGGAAGUUGUCGUUAUUUCUAUCUAUUGUCGAAAAAAGUUCGGAAAUAAUACUAAACGCCAAACAUAUUUCAGUAAAUAAAGCUACUUUUAAUGGAACCGAUCUCGAGGUGAUUGAAAAACCGGAAUGUGAGCAGGUUUCAUUCGUUUUAGGACAACCUUCGCUAUCGAAACAUGGCGAACUGAAAUUAGAAUAUACUGGUAUAAUAAGUGACAAAAUGGAGGGUUUCUACAGGAGUUCAUAUAUCUCAGACGGAGAAGAGCACUAUAUGCUAUCUACGCAUUUCGAGGCUACUGGUGCUCGACAAGUAUUCCCAUGUUUGGAUGAACCAGACUUCAAGUCAGUCUUCAGUAUCAAACUUCAUAUCCCUAAGGGGAAAAUUGCGAUUUCGAAUAUGCCUCUCUUAUCGGAAGUAGAGCAUGAGGAAAACAUGGUAACCUUUAGUUUCCAAGAUACGCCACAGAUGUCAACAUAUUUGGUAGCCUUUGCAGUUGGGGAUCUUGAGUAUACUGAGGCUAUUGACAAAAAUGGAGUAUUAGUACGUGUGUAUUCGCGUAAGGGUCUUCUGUCAGAAAAAACCCAGGGUUCUGUCGCCCUGAAUGUGGCUUGCCAUAGCUUACCAUUCUACGGGGAAUACUUUGGCAUUAAAUAUCCAUUGUCCAAAGUUGAUUUACUUGCAGUUCCUAAUAUGUGCGGAGGUGCAAUGGAAAACUGGGGAUUAAUAACUUUCCGUGAAAGACUUUUACUAGCUAACCCACACACAUUGUCUCCAAUAACAAAAGAAGUUAUUACAACCGUAAUCAGUCAUGAAAUAGCUCAUAUGUGGUUUGGUAAUCUCGUUACAAUGAAAUGGUGGACAGAUUUAUGGCUUAAAGAAGGAUUUGCAGCUUGGAUAGAAUACGUUUGUUCUGAUCACUGUUAUCCUGAAAUGGAUAUUUGGACCCACUUUUCAUAUCAUCGGUUAGCCUCUGCAUUACGUUUAGAUGCAUUAUCUAGCUCACAUCCGAUAGAAGUGGAAGUUUCAAAUCCCGAUGAAAUUAAUGAGAUUUUCGAUACAAUAUCUUAUUGUAAAGGUGCUAGUCUUAUACGUAUGCUGCAUGCAUUUUUAGGUGAUAAUGCAUUUCGUUCAGGAUUAUCAUUCUAUCUUAAAAAGCAUGCUUAUAGUAAUGCAGUUACGGAGGAUCUUUGGUUUGCUUUAAGCUCAUCUUCUGGCAUAGAUGUCGGUAGUUUAAUGCGCCCGUGGACUAGGAAUGUUGGAUUUCCAGUCGUUUCUAUUAUGCCAAUUAGCGUAAAUAAUACAUCUAUAAAAGUACAAUUAUCACAAGAACAAUAUAAACUUCAAUCAAAAUGUACAAACGACACUAAACUCUGGCCCGUUCCAAUAUCCUUAACCUGUUCUUCAAAAGAUAGAAAACAUUCAUUCGUAUUUAAACAUGUUUUAAAGAAAGAAUCAGAAGUAGUAGAUAUACCUCUUGAUUGGAUCACAACUUCUAAUCUUGAUGAUUAUGUGAUACGGGCUAAUGCUGACGCAACAGGAUUUUAUCAUGUAAGAUAUGAUUCCAGGCAUAUGAAGAAUUUAGUGGAUGAUAUGAAGUUAGGUGGAUGGAGUACCUCUGGUCGCUUCGUAUUCAUUAAUGAUGGGUUUGCUUUGGCUAAAGCUGGUUACAUUAAUGUUUAUGAUUGGCUUAUACUUUUGCCUAAAUUAAUGGAAAAUGAAAAUGAAUACUCUGUAUGGCGUUGUGUUCUUCGAGAUGGUCUUAAUACUUAUAUUAGGCGAAUAAUACAGUCUAGUGACAUUUCUUCUUCACUCUAUAAUAGUUUUCUACUAAAAUUAAUAUAUCCGGUAAUAAAUAAAUUGAAUCUUAUUGAAAAUUGUGACAGUUUGCCACAUAAUACUAGUAUGCUCAGAUCAUUGAUGUUGUGUGUUGCGGGCGCAGAAGCAGGUGAUGACAAUGUUAUUCAAGUAGCUAAACAACAUUUUAAAACUCAUUGUACCGGUGAAAAAGAAUUACCAAAUGAUUUACGUACAGCAAUUUACACAAUAGUUGUACGUCAUGGUUCUACAGAUGUAAUUCAAUAUUUAAUGAAUACAUAUAGUCAUACAGACUCACCUGAAGAACGUCAUCAUAUUCUCUGGGCUCUAGGUGCAGCACAUGAAACUAUUUGUAAUGGUCUGAAUGGUUCAUCAUCGGCUUCGUCACCUCUAUCAGAUGUCCUACACUUUUGUUUAGAUCCAAACGGCCCAGUAAAAGAUCAAGAUAGAAUUCAUGGACUAAUCGCUUGUUCGUCAUGGUCUAUUCCAGCUAGACUAGCAACAUGGAAAAGUAUCAUGGAUGAAUGGAGUAGGAUAAUGGAGUUGUAUGGUGGUCAAUUUUUACUACCGACUCUGUUGGAGGAUGUUUUAUCUGGAUUUUCAACAGAAUCUCAUAUAUCCGAGAUUAAAGCAUUUUUCAAUGUGAAUCCUGUUUGUUGCACACGUACUUUAGAUCAAAUUUAUGAAACUUUGUCGAUAAAUCAAACUGUUCUUGAACGUGAUAGCCAAUUAAUAGUUAAAGCAUUAAAUACUUUGUGCAAUACUUCUAAUUAAAUGUACUAUAUGUUUCCCAAUAGAUUAAUCUCAAUUUAAGUCAACUGCUAAUUGUUCCUGAAAAUAAACAUAUCUGUGUCCACA